AUGGCACUAUUCAUGAAGCAAGAUUUUUCUCCGCCAAUAUUGUCAAGGAAAUGGAUAGCAAUAAAAUUCCGGCCGAAUAUGCUAAUAUACAACCAUGAGAAUAUAAUAGCAGUACUCGAAAGUGGCCUUCUAUUCCGUGAAGACAGUAUUGAAGUUGAACAAGAGGCACCCUGCGCUGAAGUUGUUGGGGGUAACGCUAGCGUUUGUAUCGGGGGGUGGCUGACUAAGGGGGAACGGAAUACUACUCUACUAACCAUAGCCAUUGCGUUGAUGCUAGCGCCACCUCGAAACUUAGGUAAGCUAACCCUAGCUCGAGUAGCAUCGCUUGCUUUAAUCCCUGUCGCUAUCCGUGCGACGCACCGUUCGCGAUGUCGCGGUGGAUUGCGACUUUUAGUCGCAGUGAUGCGCGACUACAUGUCUUUGGCACGACGGGCGAUGGCUUGCUGUCGCGAGUACGCGGCAUUACAUGCUCAGCUAGGGUCUGUGACGUCAGCGAUAGAAUCGAUGCAAGCGAUGUUAUGCCAACAGCAGAAAGAGCUCUUAUUGUUGAUGUCACGCGCUUCUUCGGCGUUGCUAGGCAACGCGCCGUGGUUAAGAGGUGAUAUCGCGAUUGAAUGCGAAACAGAUAACUUAUUGAAAAUACACCACGCCUUCCUAGUAGUCCAAUCUACACUACUAAAAUAUAUUGCUCUCGCACACUACAUACCGCCACAUUUGCAAAAACUCUACAAGAACCACAAUGAGAGAAUAUACUGGAUACACAACGUACUCAUAGAUAGUCUUAUGCGGGAAUUCAAAGACAAUUUCGACGCUCUAGAACGCAUGUACAGACUGCUAAAGAACUAUGGUACAAAGGACAGCGAGGUCGCUAUGAAAAAGCCGGGCACAGCCAUAAAGGAAUCUUGGUAUUAUUCAGAAAUACAUACAGGGGUCGCAAGGUCGUGCUUAGAAUUGAAAAUAGCUUUAAACAAAUGCAACGAUCUAGACAUGUUCCUCGAUUCGUGCGCUCUGAACAAACAAGAAUUAGAUUUAACAAUUUUAAAUAAAGAUAUCGACGAAAUUAUCGAUGACAUAACGAAAUCCUUAAAUACGAUACAAAGUUCCCAAAUAAGAUUGAAGAAAUUGCAAAACAAAUACCAAGAAGAACACAAAGCUGAAACACCCGAAGAACACGUAGAAGAGGCGAUUCUGGUAAUAGAAGACAGAGAACCAGAGAUAACAGAUGAAGUCUUCUAUUUCGUUAGAACAGAUGACGACGAUGUCGUCCACCCGGUAGCUGAUGUUGUCACAGCUCCUGGCAAGAAAGAAAAGGAAACAACGAAGGUAGUUUUGAACGAACUAAAGAGAAAACUCGUGAAAAGAGAAGAUCUAAUGAGGGAAAGAGAGAGACAGGCGUUAGCCAAAACGAUGCCACAGCUGAUAAAUCCACCAGAGUUCCCUAGGCAAAUUAACUUAGAAGAAUACGGUGAACGCAAAGGCUUGAUAUCCAAAAUCAAAAUAGAACGGAAGAAGAUAAAAUCGAAGAAGAAGAAAAAGAUGAGCCACAAAUACAGUUUGAAAACCUGUAAAUAUGCGAAUGAGAACGACUUAAACGGUGUUUACGAAGCGAACGCGAAGCUAAACGCAAAGAGUCGUCUUCUAAGUUUUCGCAAAGAUAAGAAUAGUUUGAUAUUAACUAAGUGGGUCAAGAGAGUUCACGUUAACAAUAACGAUUUGGACUCCAGCGGUUUGUCCGAAGGUCUUAGUGACGUGGAAUCGGACGCGUUAAAUUUAAACGUCAAAAAAGUAAAUAAUAUCCCAGAAGCGAGAAAUUACAAGUUCAGCAAGAAAGAUUUAGAAUUAUCCUCCUCGGAAAGCGAUUUCGACGAUGUGCAGAACAACGACUUAUUGCAUGACGUAAGGAGAUAUAGGGCUGUCAGGAAAAAGAACUUUCCCGCCAAACGGGCGUCCAUAGACAAGGACGUGGACGAGAGUAUGAAGCCCAUAGAGUAUAGUUUUGGGACGGGCAUGGCGAUGGCGUCCGUUCUACAGAUAAAUAAUAAUGCGCGAAUCGGGAAUAUGGCGGACGAAGAGGUUUUUAUUGGGAACGGUGAAGUUUCUGAGGAUAGUGGUAAUGAUGAAGACGCGUAA